AUGCGACUCCUCCCGCUCCUCCUCGUCGUGCUCGCUCCCGCCAGAUGCGAUGUUCUAGACUCGGUGGAUCCCCUGAUAGGCUCCACUGGAGGAGGCAACGUCUUCCCCGGAGCAACCCUGCCCUACUCCCUCGCCAAGGCUGUGGCCGACGUCGACGGGCAGAAUACUGGCGGCUUUGACUUCGAUGGCAGUAACGUUACCGGUUUUUCUGCUCUUCACGAUAGCGGCACUGGGGGAAACCCGAGCCUGGGAAACUUCCCCCUCUUUCCCCAGCUGUGUCCGGGCGAUGACCUCAACCGCUGCCGAUUCCGCGUCGGCGACCGCAAGCUGCCCUACAAGCAUGGCAGCGUCAGGGCCGCGCCGGGCCGCUUCUCUCUCGAGCUGGAGAGCGGCGUCAAGGCCGACAUGACGGUGUCGCAGCAUGCCGCCUUGUACAAGUUUCAAUUCCCUGACCCUGGCGGCGACGGCGGCCAGCAUCCGCUCAUCCUGCUGGACCUGACGGAUUUGUGGAAGAGCCGCCAAAACGCCUCCGUCAGCGUCGACCAACACUCCGGCCGCAUGGUCGGCAACGGGACUUUUUUGCCCAGCUUCGGUGCCGGCUCAUAUGCCCUGUACUUUUGCGUCGACUUUUUCGGCGCCGACGUCGUCGACACGGGCGUGUGGGUCAACAGCCGCGCCGGCACCGAGCCCAAGCGCCUCUUCCUCACGCGCGGCUUCAACCUUUUUUAUCUCGAGGGCGGCGCCUUUGCGCGCUUCGCGCCCCGCGGACCCGGUGCGUCCGUCACGGCUCGUGUGGGCAUCAGCUUCAAGAGCGCCCAGCAGGCCUGCCGCAGCGCCGAGGCCGAGAUUCCCCACCCGCUCGACGACUUUGACGCCCUGGAGGAAACGGCCCGGGACCAGUGGCGGCGGAAGCUGAGCCCCAUUGCUAUCAAGAGCGGCGGCGCAACGCGGGAUCUGGCCAGGAGUUUCUGGAGUGGUAUGUAUCGGACUAUGAUCUCGCCCCAGAAUUACACGGGCGAGAACCCGUACUGGGAUGAAAAGAGGCCCUACUUUGACUCGUUUUACUGCAUCUGGGACGGCUUCCGGGUCCAGCACCCCCUGCUCACCAUCAUCGACCCUCAGGCCCAGGCGCAGAUGAUCCAGUCACUCCUCGACACCUACAAGCACGAGGGCUGGCUACCCGACUGCCACAUGAGCAUGUGCCAGGGCUGGACGCAGGGCGGCUCCAACGCGGAUAUCUUGUUAGUCGACGCCUACGUAAAGAACAUCAGCGCCUCGUCCCCCAUCGACUGGGCCCUCGCCCUUGAGGCCGUCAUGGUAGACGCCGAGCGCGAGCCCCUCGAGUGGUCCCACCACGGCCGCGGCGGCCUGCGCAGCUGGCGCGAGCUCGGGUACAUUCCGUACCUCGACUUUGAUCCCGUAGGCUUUGGCACCGACUCGCGAAGCAUCUCGCGCACCCUCGAGUACUCGUACAACGACUUUUGCCUCGCGACGCUGGCUGCGGGGCUGGGCCAGCCCGAGGCUGUGCGGCACAAGUACAUGGAGCGCAGCAUGAACUGGCGCAAUCUCUGGAAAGAGGACCAGACGUCUGUGAUUCGGGGCAAAGACUCGGGCUUUAGGGGCUUCUUCCAGCCGCGGUACAUGAACGGCACCUGGGGGUUUCAGGAUCCGAUUGCAUGCUCAGCUCUCGCCGGCUUCUGCUCCCUAACGACGAACCCGAGCGAGACGUUUGAGGCUAGCAUCUGGCAGUACCUGUUUUUUGUCCCGCAUGCUACAGCUUCCCUCAUCUCCCUCGUGGGCGGCGAUGAAGCCUUCAUCUCUCGCCUCGACUAUUUCCACUCAAGUGGUCUCGCCGACAUCUCGAACGAGCCCGUCUUCCUGACCGUCUACCUCUACCACUACGCCGGGCGCCCCGCCCUCUCCGCGCAGCGCGCCCACAGCUAUAUCCCCUCGUACUUCAACGCCACGCCAGGCGGCCUGCCCGGCAACGACGACUCGGGGGCCAUGGGCGCCUUCCUCGUCUUCUCCACCAUGGGGCUCUUCCCCAUCGCCGGGCAGAACGUGUACCUCAUCAGCCCGCCAUUUUUUGAGGAGGUCAACGUGACCAGCCCGCAGACGGGCAAGACGGCCACGAUUCGAAACGUGGGCUUUGACGCCAAGUACGGAAACUUGAGCAUUCAGCGGGCGACGCUCAAUGGGGAGGCGUGGACGAGGUCGUGGGUUGGUCACGAGUUCUUUACUGGGGGCGGGACGCUGGAGCUGUUUCUGGGCGAGGGCGAGUCGGACUGGGCGCGACCGGAUAAACCUGCCCCGCCGCCGACGUCCUCAUCCCCAUCACUUUCCAUCCUCUUCCUCCACGGCGACAACUCCGACAACACACUCACUCUCGUCCGCGCCAUCGCCUGGCAUUUACGCUCGUCAUCCCCCCCGACGACGCACACCCCAGAGCACGCACGCAGCACCGUCACCCGGCCGGGGUGUCACCCUCCCGCCAAGAUGCAGGGCUUCAACAUGGGGCGCUACGUGCCACCCGAUCUCGAGGGCAGGACGACGGGCAACCGGCUGCACAACAAGCGCACCGCGUCGGCCGCGCCCACGGUGCGCUUCGAGAUGCCCUUCGCCGUGUGGUGCGCGUCGUGCCCGCGCCCCACGCUCAUCGGGCAGGGCGUGCGCUUCAACGCCGAGAAGCGCCGCGUCGGCGCCUACCACAGCACCCCCGUCUGGAGCUUCCGCCUGCGCCACGCCGACUGCGGCGGCGCCCUCGAGAUGCGCACCGACCCGCGCAACACGGCCUAUGUCGUGGUCAGCGGCGGCACCCGGCGCGAUGACGGGGGCGCCGCUGACGAGGCUAGGAAUAUGGCGGCCGUCGUGGAUGAGGAGCGCGAGGCGCUGCGCAGGAAUGCCUUUGCGAGCUUGGAGAAGACGAUUGAGGAUCGGGAGCAGCUGCGCCGCGCCGACGAGCGCAUCGUCGGCUUGCUCGAGGCGUCGGCUCGCCAGUGGGAUGACCCCUAUGCCCAGAACCAGCGCCUGCGCCGUGCCUUUCGCUCCGGUCGCCGCGAGAGGGAGCGCGACGCUGCUGCCGCCGAGCGCCUCCGCGAGUCCAUGGGCCUGGCGCUGGACCUCUUGCCCGCGAGCGAAGAGGACGCCCGCCGCGCCGCCCUCGUCGACUUUGGCGCCCGCCGCGGCGACUCUGACGACGACGACGACGACGACUCUAAUAAUGACCACCGCCACCACCACCGGGUCAGCGCAUGCAGCGCCCUUUCCAAGCCGCUCUUCGCACCCGUCGGCAAUAGCGACAGCGACAAGCAACGGCAUCGCCGGCGGCGACCGCCACCCUCGUCAAAGGCUGCGCCGUCCAGGACCAGGGACAGCCUCGUCUCCGAGCUCGUGACCAAGACCCGCGCCGCCCACGACCCCUUCCUCUGGGACUCGCCCGCCCACCACCACCUCAAGUCGCAGCAGCAGCGCCCGUCGCCGUCGCCCCCGCCUCCGCCCCGCUGGCCCGGACUCAAGCGGAAGCGAGAGGUCGGAGGCGCGCAACAACAGGGACAAGAGGCCGCGCCGCCCCCCGCAAAGGUCCCGGCGCAGGAGGCGAGCGCCCCGUGCAGCCUCGUGCAGUACGAUUCGGAUUGA